AAAUAAGUAUCAGUGAUACUUUUUACACAUUUAGUUCAUUACAGAACCUUUGUAGGGAACCUACAGAACCGUACAAAAAUGGCUUUAAAAGUGAUAUUAGUACUUUGCCUGGUUUUCGUUGGUAUCGAGUCUACUCUCUCUAGGUUUAAUGCUGAGAAAUUAGCCGCGUAUGAUGCCAAAUUUAAAUCCUUAAAUAAUGAUACUAGAAUCGUGGGCGGCGCACCUGUGGAUAUUUCAUCGUAUAGGUACCAAGGUUCUCUUCAAAACUGGCAUAGACACAGGUGUGGAGUAGCUUUGAUUUCAAAUAUAUGGGUUUUGACGGCAGCUCAUUGUACGAAAACGUAUAUUUAUCCACUACCAAAAUAUGCCUUGACGGUUCGGUUUGGAUCGAGAUUUCAGCAAAAUGAAGGUUUUGUUUAUCAAGUUGCCGAAGUCAUUGAUCAUCCACAAUAUGACUAUGAUGAUAUAGACUACGACAUAUCUUUACUUCGGCUGGGUAGACCAGUGACAUUUGGUAACACUAUCGAACCCAUCCCUUUACCAUCAAGAGAUCAGGCUUUGGUACCUGGUUCAACUUGCACAAUAACUGGUUGGGGUACUUUAGCAUCUGGUGGCGUUAGUCCAGCUGGAUUACAAAUGGUGCAAGUACCCUUGGUAAGCAAUGAAAAUUGCGAGGAUUAUUAUUCAGUUUUUUAUGGAGCUGGAUCAAUAACAGACCGAAUGAUGUGCGCCGGAUUUUCAGAAGGAGGAAGCGAUGCUUGUCAAGGCGACUCUGGUGGUCCAUUGGUAGUUGAUGGACAACUGAUUGGUAUUGUCAGCUGGGGUUAUUAUUGCGCUCAGCCUAACGCACCCGGGGUGUAUGCCAGCGUUGUAUAUUUCAGAGACUGGAUACAACAACACAGCGGACUUUAAGAAAAUUAUAGAUAAAUACAGAUACUUAAAUUUAUAAUAACAUGUAAAACGUUUUCUUAACUUCCAAAAAUGUAUGCAAAUUUAAAAUGAAUGUUGUUACAAUUGUAAUAAACAUAAAAUGCUAUAUAUGAGAUUAAUAAAAUAAGAUACAUUUUA